UGAUGCGCUCUGAGUGUUAGACCGCAGACCGGGGCGAGACACUGUAGACGAGAAGCUCUGCGAAGAGCUGCAUUCAAGACUGUUAUUUAUCAAAGAGGACAAGCUGUGAGGAAAGUGGCGCGAAACGUUCCCUAUAAAGAGAAGACAGAAUAAAUCAGCGCUCCUAACUUUGAAGGACCGCAGUGAGUGCGCAUCAUUGCCUGUCACCCCUCACAUCUCUGAAGGUAUUCUCACCGACUCCAGCGAUGCGACCCGGACUGCUGCUGCUGAUCUCCGGGCUCAUCGGGUUAGGAACCUGUGUUGUGUUUGUCCAGCAGCCCCAUGACCUGGUUGUAGUGGCCGGGCAGCCUGUGACCCUGCCAUGCUCCAUCACUGGAUAUCAUGGCAUGGUGCUCUGGGUCAAAGACGGCCUUGCUUUGGGCGUCAACCGAGACCUAUCAGGUUAUCCACGCUAUGACAUUAUUGGGGACCACAGCAAAGGGGAAUAUCACCUACUGAUCCAGAGGACAGAACUGGCCGAUGACGGCAGCUUUGAGUGUCAAGCCAUCCAAGUCGCUAGCAGAUCACGACCUGCUCGGCUCACUGUUUUGGUUCCUCCUGAUGACCCCGUGAUAAGUGGAGCUCCUGUGGUGAGCUUGCAUGCCGGGGACUCGCUAAACCUUACCUGUCAUGCUGACAAUGCCAAACCAGCCGCCUCCAUCAUCUGGAUCCGUAACGGAGAGGUGCUGAACGGUGCGGCAUACACAAAGACCCUGCUGCGAGAUGGCAGAAGAGAAAGCACAGUGAGCCUGCUCCACAUUUCUGCCUCCAACAUCGAAAGCGGACAACAGAUCACCUGCCGUGCCUCCAACAAAGCGGCGCCAAACGGCAAGGAGGCCACAGUCACCAUCGACAUUCAACAUUUCCCAUUGGUGAACCUCUCUGUGGAACCGCAGCCUGUUCUAGAAGGCAAUCUGGUCAAGUUCCACUGUGCUGCAAAAGCAAAUCCUCCUGUCACUCAUUACAGAUGGGCAAAGGGGGGCAAUAUUAUCAUGGACGUAACGGGAGACACUUAUGAAGUGCUGGUGGAUCAUUCCUUCUUCACUGAGCUAGUAUCCUGUGAGGUUACCAAUGCCCUGGGCAGCACCAACAUCAGCCGUAAUGUGGACGUUUACUUUGGGCCACGUCUGGCCGCUGAACCUCAAAGCCUGCAGGUGGACCGCGGUUCUGAUGCUGUGUUCAGUUGUGCUUGGAUUGGAAACCCUUCGCUCACCAUCGUCUGGAUGAAAAGGGGCCAUGGAGUCGUGCUAAGCAAUGAGAACACCUUGACACUGAAGGCAGUGAGACAAGAGGAUGCUGGGAAAUAUGUGUGUCGAGCUGUGGUGCCACGGGUGGGAGUGGGAGAGAAGGAAGUGACUUUGACCGUCAAUGGGCCUCCCACCAUCUCCAGCACACAGACCCAGCAGGCUCUGUAUGGGGAGAAGGGCCAGAUCAAGUGUUUCAUCCGCAGCACCCCACCUCCAGACCGCAUUGCAUGGUCAUGGAAGGAGACCGUGCUGGAAUCAGGAACAUCAGGCCGUUAUACAGUGGAGACUGUGAGCACAGAGGAAGGUGUCAUCUCCACCCUCACAAUGAGCAACAUCGUCCCUGCUGACUUCCAGACCAUCUACAACUGCACUGCAUGGAACAGUUUCGGCUCUGACACAGAGAUCAUCCGCCUCAAGGAACAAGGGUCUUUGCGCUUGGCCGUCAUCAUCGGGGUUGCAGUGGGAGCUUUCCUGGCUCUCAUCGUCCUCAUUGGGACCCUGGGGGCUUUCUGCUGCGCUCGUCUACAGAGAAAGGACAUGCAACUGGUGAUGUCAUCACUUCCUGUGUCCCUCUCUUCUCGGCAGCGAGAGCUCUCCGGCACAUUAAAAAGUGAAAAUCUCAAAGGGGUUGUAUCAGCUAAAAAUGACAUCCGAGUGGAGAUUGUCCAUAAGGAUCAUAAUGCAGCUAGAGAACCGGAAGAUCACAGCAGCAUGAAGCAAAUGAUGAUGGAGAGAGGAGAAUUUCAGCAGGAGUCGGUGCUGAAACAGUUGGAGGUCCUGCAGCAGGAGGAGAGAGAGCUACAACACAUUAAGGAUCCAACCAACGGAUACUACAGCGUCAACACCUUCAAGGAACAGCAAACUCCGACCAUAUCUCUGACAGCCAAUCCGAACGCUGAGGUGCGAAACCCUGGCACGGCCACCCUCGGAAAGCAUCGUGUACCCACCGGCAUGUCUUACACCAACAUUUACAACACCUUGGGCACGGGACCUAACCGCCUCUAUGACUACAGCCAGCGUUUCGUGCUGGGCAUGGGCAGCAGCUCCAUCGAGCUGUGCGAAAGAGAAUUCCAGAGAGGAUCACUCAGCGAUUCCAGCUCGUUCCAAGACACGCAGUGUGACAGCAGCGUGAGCAGCUACAGCAAGCCAGACGGAUAUGUGCAGUUCGACAAAGCCAGCAAAGCCUCAGCAUCUUCUUCGUCACACUAUUCGCAAUCUUCAUCGCAGAAUUCGGACCUUACCCGACCGCUGCAGAAACGAAUGCAGACACACGUUUAACCUCACAGAGGGUAAGGAAUGAAUGCUAACUACUUUUAUGAAAGUCAUACAGGACAUACAUUCGGACAAACACUUAUGGUGCAUCACCUUUGCUUCAUGCAUCAUUCGUGCUGUUCUCCGUACACUGAUGAAAUUCAAGCAUCCUUAGCUUGGAAAGACAAUGCCAACAUCUCAACACACAAGCACCCCAUUUUACUGUAUAUUUUGAAAAGUAAUGUGUUUUUGUAAAAGUUCUUUGUGAAAGAACUUUUGAAUGCUUGAAAAAUGGAAAAAAAAGAAAAAGAUCUCCGACAUCGUUUCAUAACAUGACAAUCAGGAGUCCGCCCACACAAUUGCCAUCAGCUAUUACAUUGAACCGAUCUAAACUUUUCCACGCAGCCAGACUGUUGUCUGGGAUCCAGUACCUGGCGCUCAGAUACGAUGACAAACUUGAGCAUUGUAUACAUUUUUUCUGAGGAGCCAAACUUGGGCCAUCUUGUAGUUCUUCUGCUGUGGCUCAAAGCACAAUGGUGUCUGUUCAAUGCCAACCGCAGUGUUUCUCUGCUAAUAAAGAGAUCUUAACGAGGAUGAAUUAUCCUCCAGAGGUCGUCGCUGAAAAUGUUCAUUCUGUGCUUUUUCUAAAGACUCUGUAAGAUAUAUUUCACUUGUGUGCACUAAACAGUUUUUUUAAAUACAUCUCUUUCCCAAUGUGGUCUCUUGUCAUUACGAUUAAAUGUGUUGUCUUUUUUUCAAAUGCAAUGUGAGUGUGUAAAAAUCACACAUGGCCAAACUACAUAUGUGUAAAACUCUAUAUGAGCUUUGCUAACAUGGAUAGCAUUUUGUUUACAUGCCAGAGACCAGAAUGUAGUUCUGAAUAUUUUAUUUUCACGUAUUUAACACUUAUUAAAUGUGAGCUUGUCAUUUCAACUCCUCGUGGUUAAUAAAUGAGUUUUAUUACGCUUCCAGUGAAUUUAAACACUUUGUGAUUAAUUGACUUUUAACUGCAGCUAUAUGUUGUUGUUGUUCUAUUGUGCUCAUAAAUCCCACAUUCUGGUGGGAGAACGAAUGUUCUUGACAAAUAUUCUUGUAUUUUUCCCUAUCUUUCUGAUGCUAUGUUAAUUCUGAAGCUGCCAUUAUGUAAGCUUACUGUUUUAAGUAAGCUUGUCUGGCGUAAACAUUUACACCAUUAAUUGCUGCAGGAAGUGCCUCCCAUCGGUGGCUGAGCCUGCAGAAACAUUUCCAGUGAAACUUUUAACUUGAGCAGAGCAUCAGAGCAAUUACUGUACACUGAUCAAAUAAUCAUGAUUACAAAAUAAGUGUUGAAUAAAACAGUGU